AUAGAUUUCAGAUAUUAUUUUAAGUGGUAAAGUUAUGAUUGAUAAUUACAUAUACACACAUUUUCACACGGUUUGUCACAAGCUGGGACUUGCUGUAUUGUCUGGUUCGUGUUGAACUGGGACAUGCUCAUUUUGGAAGUUUGUACUGGAGGAACAAUUGAAACUCCCUGAUGGGUAACAGUCCAAGCACACCAGUCACGUGACACUGACUCAUUGACGCCACCUGCUGGUUAGCUGUGGGUGCAUCACCUGCCAGGGGGACAAGCCUUCAUGUUUAGGUCUAUGGAUGAACCAUGUGGGUGCAGUCAGUGCAUGACUACUCAAACUACGGGCUGCAUUCCCAAAAAUCACUGCUACAAAAUAACACACACACAAAAAAACAAAGCCAGAAAUAAACAGCUCCGAUAUUUCACUUAGAGGGCGAUUUCUUUUUUUAUUAUUAUUUUUUUCUUUUUCGUUUUGUGUGUUUUCAUUUCGAAAAGUAAAUAACAUGUGCUCCCUCUGAGGGUGCGCUGCCUUGCGUGACUCACAUUCCCUCUGAACUGUAGUAGGUCAGCCCUGAGUUCUGUAGCAUUUCAUUAGAACCGGAACACCUUGCAUGUGUCACACAGACCCCCUGUUCUGAACACCCACUACUGGAGUCAAAUGCACCAGGAACAUCAAGGCUUCGUGAAGCACCGACACAGAAACCCAAUCCUAAAACCACCAACACUUAAUCCUAACAACUAUCACACUGCAAAAUGGCUAUUGAGCCCCCAGCCCUUAAUAAAAAGUUUCCCAUAGUAAAAGCACAGCAAAGUGUGAUAAGCCCAUGAACGCUUGUUAAAGCAUGGUGCAAUGAAUUGGCAUCUCAGCCCUUUCAAUUGAAUGGUGAGGCGAGGGCUGGAAGUGAACCGUACGGUUCACACGAGAGACAUGCCAUUCAACUAAAGAGCAAGCUGUGUAGUCUAGAGUACAGCAAGUACGGGUCUCCUGCUGAGCAGCCACGAAGAGGAGACUCGCUACAGUAAGUAAACGUAAACCCUGAGCGGUAUGGUGAAGCAUAUUAAAAAACAAAACCUUGUAAACACUGAGCAGCACUACCAUGUUAAACAUGUGUGCAUUAAACGUUUUCUCUUAAAAAUUAGACCCCCCCACCCCCAAAUACUGCAGCAAUACCCUGAAUUGCACAACUAUAACCACAAAUUCAUUGUGGUCUCUGACUACAACAAUACCCUUUCCUCCUCAAGUAAUGUUCUCUUUUUAAGCUUCAUUAGUCCUACACCCCAGAUCAGAAUUCCCAUUGCAGAUGGCGCAGAGAGUGUUAUCUUGUAAGUAUUGAAGAUAGCUUUCAACACCAAGGGGAUGCUGCAGUUUCAAUCUGUGUUGGAGUCUGGCUCAAUCCGGGUGAAAACCCAGAUCCUGAGGUGGGUCGCUGGGACCUGGGUAUACCCUGGUACGUGGUUUCACACUCUACUGGACUCUACCCUGGGUAGAAGUGCCAGUAUGAAAGGGGUUUAGGUUGGGCUCUUAGCUGGCUCUCAGUUAGGCACUUUGCGCACUCAGAAAGAUCAACACUGCUGAUUUGCAUUCGUCUGAUAAAGAUCUGUCAUUGUGAAAAAACCUAGCGCCGGUUCCUUUUCCUUCCUUUUUCAUUCUUAAAUAACACUUUCACAGGCUGGUGCUCUUGCAUAUCAGUAACAGCAUUAAAAAUGAGGUUUUUGGUUUUUUUUGUCUUUCUCCUGCCCACAUUUUCCCAGACAGAACGUCCUGACUGUUCCAGUGGAGCUCACCAGCCUGUCUCUUCGGUGUCGCUUGCUGCUGUCCAGUUAUAUCUCUCAGGACCUAUGCUCGCCACUUUAUUGACUAUUUCCAACUCCAACCUGCACAAGCUGUUGUUUGCAGUCAUAAAACUAGUGCUGGUUUUCCUGGUCAUCUGGCUGGCAGCUUUCAGCAUGGACACCACCAAGCGGCCCCACAGAGCCACGCACACGCUGAGGGUCCUGCUGUGGCACUGGCCCUUCGGGAAAAGCUCCAACCUGAGCGGGGACGUCUGCUUGGACCUCUACAACAUCCGACACUGCACUCUGACCGACGACCGCUCCCUCUUCAACCAGUCCCAUGUGGUUGUAUUCCACCACCGGGAGAUCCAGAGGAAGGUCUCAGUCCUGCCCACCAGGGAGCGUAGACCCUCGGGGCAGAUGUGGGUCUGGAUGUCCCUGGAGUCCCCGAGUGGCAACAAAAACGUGAAGGAGCUCAAUGGCCUAUUCAACUGGACCCUGAGCUACAGGAGGGAUGCGGACAUCUCCGUGCCAUACGGGGAGCUGGUCUCCGGCCGCUGGGCUCACCACCCCAGACCCAAGACCGGACUAGCCACCUGGGUGGUCAGCAACAAGAAGAGGACGCAGCUGAGGAGCCUGGUGUACGCCAGCCUGCGCAACCACCUGAGAGUGGACGUCUUCGGGAAAUCCAACCACCGGCCGCUGUGCCCGGACUGCCUCCUACCCACCAUCUCCAACUACAGCUUCUACCUGGCCUUUGAGAACUCGGUGUACCAGGACUACAUCACAGAGAAGCUCUGGAGGAACGCCUUCAUGGCCGGGGCAGUGCCAGUGGUGCUCGGGCCUCCCAGGUCUAACUACGAGGAGUUCCUGCCCCCGGAUUCGUUCAUCCACGUGGAUGACUUCCACUCCACCAAAGAGCUGGCUGGUUACCUCAAGGAGGUGGCGGGCAACGAGAGUCGAUAUCAGCGCUAUUUCGAGUGGAGGAAGACGGCCACCGUGAAGCUGUACACAGACUGGAGGGAGCGGCUUUGUACCAUCUGCACCAAGUAUGACUGGCUCCCCAAAACUAAAGCUUAUCACGAUCUGGAGGCUUGGCUUCACAGGGAACUUUUAUAAGGGCAGUGAGAGGGUCCAGUCCCCCUGCCUGCCAGAGGGUCCAGUCCCCCUGCCUGCCAGAGGGUCCAGUCCCCCUGCCUGCGAGAGGGUCCAGUCCCCCUGCCUGCGAGA